AAAGAUGCUGAAGAGAAACAGAGAAGAAAAGCGUGCGGUGACUUGGGCUUAACAAAAAACAAAAAGAACGGCUGAUGGGCCAAGUAAACGGAAGAAGGCCCAAGAAGGAGGGUCGUGAAGGAGGAGAUGACAGCGAGGAGGGACACAUUGCUUCGUUGUUGGAAACUGUUUGCUUUUGCUUUGGGGUUUCCAGAGAUUACACACACAAUCGUAAACUAGUUGUGAUUGGAAUUGGAAUUCAAUUUGCGCUCGUUUGGUUGAGUAAGAAGAAGAAGAAUGUCUUACGCCUAUCUGUUCAAGUACAUCAUCAUCGGUGAUACUGGAGUUGGCAAAUCGUGCCUUCUUCUUCAGUUCACCGACAAACGGUUCCAGCCGGUGCACGAUUUGACUAUUGGUGUUGAGUUUGGAGCAAGGAUGAUCACCAUCGAUAACAAACCAAUCAAGCUCCAAAUUUGGGACACGGCAGGUCAAGAGUCGUUUAGAUCCAUCACACGAUCCUACUAUAGAGGAGCUGCUGGCGCUUUGCUUGUCUAUGACAUCACCAGGAGAGAAACUUUUAAUCACUUGGCAAGCUGGCUAGAGGAUGCGAGGCAGCAUGCAAAUGCAAACAUGACCAUAAUGUUAAUUGGUAAUAAGUGUGAUCUUGCUCAUAGACGAGCUGUGAGCACUGAGGAAGGGGAGCAAUUUGCAAAGGAACAUGGAUUGAUCUUCAUGGAGGCCUCUGCUAAAACUGCUCAGAAUGUUGAGGAGGCGUUCAUAAAAACUGCUGCAACCAUAUACAAGAAGAUUCAAGAUGGCGUUUUUGAUGUAUCAAAUGAGUCUUAUGGCAUAAAAGUCGGUUAUGGGGGAAUCCCAGGACCAUCAGGAGGCAGAGAUGGUUCUUCCUCUCAAGCUGGAGGCUGUUGCAGUUGAAAUUUGAUCCUAUUUGCCAUGUUUAUCUGGGUGUCUUUUACAUUCCUUGUUUGUUUAUUGGUUAAAUCUGAAGACUCCAACUUUCAGUAUUUAUAUAAAGAUUUUAUAAUUGAAAUACCUGUAUAAUUUUCUUUAUUUCUCUGUCUUUAAUUGUAAAUUUGACAGUUGUUUGAAGUAGUAUUAUUGAAGUAAACUACAUAUUGUGAAG